AAAAUUGUAUCAACUUUGUUGUAAUCAAGCUUGAAUUUUAAACACUAAAAUCGUCUAUCAAAGUUUUGUUACGCUUCGUUGGCCGUAAGGUAAUUUAUAUUUUAGUUUCAACUAUGUAAAGUAUAUAAAUUGGCCGAUUUUCCGUAAUUUUCGACACACAGCUAUUAUGCUUGGCCGGUGCGCUGUAUUACUAGCUCUGAUCGCCACCGUCGCGUCUGCCCCCGUGGACUCGGGCUGGCGUUGCACCGGCGGCCUCGGCUCGCCCACCGUCUGCCUCGGCCCGGCCGGCGCACCCCGCUACAGCCCAGCGGCCAUACAAAUAUUACCGCCUUUACCCCCGUGCUCCGGUCCGGCGGUUGUGCUUACCCCACCUCCCAGUCCGUGUCCGUCGCCGUGUCCAUCGCCUUGUCAAUAUUAUGAUAACUAAACGAUCAAGUGGUUAUUACGACUUAAGUAGUCGAAAUUCUUCGCAAACAUUUAUAUGUAAGUUUGCGAAGUUACAGAUGAUAUAAACGACAUUUUACAUGAA